CUGCCUCCCCGGGUCUUUCCGGUCGCGUCUUUCCCCUCCUUUUCCAUGUAUUAUUCCACCAAAGAGCUUUAGCGGCUGAGACUGAGUGCUUGUUGACGUCAGCAAACUUAUCCAGCAGCUGUAGAGGCGAGCUGAGGAGGAGGAGGAGAGGAGAGGAGGGAAUGAGCCUGCUGGAUGUGGAGCUCGGACCGCGCAGCGCCGAGGAUCGUGGACUUGCUUUCUGCGGGACUGCUCGGACUACUUUGUGGUUCCAGUAUGAUGCAGCACUAAUGAGCAGCCAUCAGCCUUUAGAUGAGUGACUCACAACAAAAACACCUGAACAUUAACAGUGGAAUAUUGGCAGAUAUUCAGGAGGGACCACAGACACGCACAGUUUCCACUAUGAACCGCGCCUUCAACAGGAAAAAAGAUAAAUCAUGGAUGCACACCCCAGAAGCUUUGGCCAAGCAUUACAUAGCCUACAAUGCCAAGUUCCUUGGAAACACAGAGGUUGAAGCUCCGAAAGGCACAGAAGUUGUAAAGGAUGCAGUCAGAAAGCUCAAGUUUCAGAGGCACAUCAAAAAGUCGGAGGGACAGAAGACCCCUAAAGUGGAACUUCAGAUCUCCAUUUAUGGUGUGAAGAUACUAGAUCCCAAGACAAAAGAUGUGCAGCAUAACUGUCAGUUACACAGAAUAUCCUUCUGCGCAGAUGACAAAACCGAUAAAAGGAUAUUUACUUUUAUCUGCAAAGACUCAGAGUCCAACAAACACCUCUGCUACGUCUUUGACAGUGAAAAAUGUGCAGAAGAGAUAACUUUAACUAUCGGCCAAGCCUUUGACUUGGCCUACAAGAAGUUCUUGGAGUCUGGAGGCAAAGACGUGGAAACCAGGAAACAGAUUGGAAGCCUGCAGAAACGAAUUCAAGAACUGGAAACGGAAAACUCUGAGCUAAAGAAACAACUGCAGGAGCUUGAAGAACAGCUGAUGAUAGCACACGUACCUCCACCGCUGCACAUAAACGCGGCUAAUGAAGCGUACAUGCUGCAGAGGCCGUCCUCUCUCUUCUGGUGCCACAGCAUCAAGUCGCUCUCCUGUCUGGAAAUCUCCUCUGUCACUCUCACUCCUAUGAGCUCACCGGAGUCCAACUUGUCCACCGGGCUACUAACUCCUCCGCCUGCCAAACCCGCUCUCCUUCCUCCUAAACCCAAUGAGGGCUGCAGCAUCCCGCGGCCUCGCGCGGGGAGUAUCUCAAUGAAGCCGCAGUCGACAGACAUUUUUGACAUGGUUCCCUUCUCCCCCGUGACACCUCUGGUGCCCACACCAGCCAGCAACGGCUGCCCACCCCCUCCACCCACCACAUUGCCACCAGAUAUAAGUAAAGAUUUGUUUGGUGCAGAGCCGUUUGAUCCGUUCACCUGCGGGGCAGCUGACUUCCCUCCAGACAUCCAGUCAAAGCUGGAUGAGAUGCAGGAGGGGUUCAAAAUGGGACUAACCUUAGAGGGCACCGUCUUCUCUCUGGACCCGCUAGACAGCCGCUGCUGAUGAUGAGAAGAUGAACCCUUCGAGGUGCACUUUUAACCCGUUUGUAUGAAGAAGAAGUGCCAAAAUCCACUCCACGGUUGAGUCAAGAUGUCACAGUUUUCAUCUUGAGGUUUAUAUGCAUUUGCAUUUAGAUUGGUUUUCGAUAUUUCAAGGUAAACUCAGAUCCAUUAUAGUAAAGAACUAUUUUUGUAAUAAAAAAAAGACAAAAAAUGCGUAUGGAGGUAUUAGGUUUGAGUACCUUUGCUUGCACAGGAGGGGACAGAUGUAAAUAGUCGAUAUGUUCAAUGGUACACCCUGUGGCAGAAUUUUCAUAUGUGUGUAUGCACCGUUUGAAUUCUGUAUUGUCGACACAUUCCUGUUUGUAUGCCAAACACAAGCUGGCAAGAAAAAUAAAUGGAAUCUAUAUUGUGACAAAACCUUUGAGCUUUUAACAUCACAUAUUUUACUCCACAUUAAUUCAUACGUUAUGUAGUUGAUUAAUCCAGCCUCAUAUUUUCUUUUUUCUUUUUUUUUUACUUCAGUGACCUUUCCGCUUGUUGUCCUUUGUUCUGUUCAGAUUUUGACCAGAUUGAGUUGCCAUUUCGGUGUUUACCUUUCAUUUUCUGCACUUUUAUCUUUGUCCAGCCAGUUCUAUUCCUGUUAUUUCACUUUUGGUUGAAUUAACUUUGCUGUUACAGAUAUUAAAGAAAAUCCUACUAUGAAAA